AGAGAAUCCACCUGCAGUUGGGAGAAACGCCACGAGUGCAGCUACGUCACCGACGCAGCUCACAAAGCACCCCCUGCCCUCUUGGAUCAAGAACAGAUCUUCCGGCAACAGCGUUUCUCCGAAGCAGCAGACGCGAGAUGUACUAACAUCAAAUGGAAAUGCAAAAUCCCCCAAAGCCAAUGUCGAAACUAGAGACAAGAAAGACACAUUGGCCGGUAAAGUUUCAUUUGGUCCGCAAGAACUACAAGCCAGUGAGAUUGAGGUUGCUGAAACAACAAGCGCAAUAAACAUUGCUCAAGGAGGUGGAGGACCUCCGCAAGAACUACCCAGCAGCGGCACCACAGCUCCAGAGGUUGUUCCACCCGUGGUCGGAGAUGCUGUGCAGGGAGAACAGCGG